GUCGUCCUGAAGCCGUACGGAAAGGUCACAGCAAGCGUAAAACUGGCACUUGGAGUCGACUGAGACUGGGCUGGAGGCUACAACCACCAUGGUGACAGCCUUCGCUUGACAAUACAUGUAAUAGUGCUGAAGUGAUAAAGGAACAACCAUCAUCACAAAAGGGAUUGUGCUCUAUCUAGCUACUAGACUGGAAUCACUGACAGUGAGUAGAGUAUAGACAUUGAACAGACUGACCAUGGCACAAGUGCGCUUGUCGUCGAAAGAGCUGUCGCUGCAGUCGGCCGUGUCGAUUGCUCUGUUGGGAGUCUUUCAAGACGACUACGAUCACUGCGAUCACGAUUACGGGGUUGAAGUAGUAGAAGAUGAAGACCAUGACGACCACGAUCACGACGAUGAAGACGACGACGAAGAAGAAGAUCAUUCCGAGUACACCGAGUACAAUGAAGAGUUUGAGAACGAUCCGUUGGACAUGACGACGACGAGUAAAAUCGAACGCGAGUUACAGCACCAGAAAGAGAGCCGCAAGGAAAAGCGGGAGCGCAAACGCCUGGAACGUCUCGCGCAGUUGGAAGCGAAAAAGAAGAAACGAAAAGAAAAAAAGGCCGUCAAGAAAGCGAAAAAGGAAUUGAAGAAAAAGGAAAAGAAGGAACGCAAAGUCCUCAAAAAGGAAGCCAUGGCGCUCAUUGGAGGACCCAAAGAAACGCGCAAGGAAAAGCGCGAACGCAAACGACGUGAACGCAAGGAAAAGCGAUUGCUCAAGAAAGCCAAACGAGAAGCCAAACGCGCUGCCAAGAAACAAAAGAGAAAGGCCAAGAAGAAGAAUCGAGGACCGGGUGUUCCUGAUCUCACCGAAAAUCCCGAUGAUCGAGAAGACUACGAAGAUCUCACACAAGUUGGCGAUGGCAACGGUGACAAUCAUCAGAUGAUUGAUGCGCGCAUGUGGAAGUCGGAAGGCUUUCUACACAGUGCCAGUGGAGAUGACGAUGAUGAUGAUGACGACGACUAUAGUGACGAUGAUGACUCGGACUCGGACAGCAGUGAUAGUAGUAGCAGUAGCAGCAGUAGUGACGAUUCCUACGAUCCAGAGGCGUAUGAACGGGAGCAUGUGGGAGGAUCCACCGACGAAGAUGGUCAUCCCAACACUACGUUUGAUGACGAUGAAUCAGACGAUGACACGGUCGCAUCGCAUCAGGCGGAAGAAGGAGAAGACGGAGAACCCAAAAAGAGAGAUUCCAAAAAGAAAAAACGAUUCAAACGAAUAUUCCGCAAGAAAAAGAGUGUCAAGGACAAGGAACACAAGGAUGGAAAACACAGUGGUGGAGACAAAGAAUCCGAGGAUGGCGAUCGACCCGCGCCUCCCAAAUACACACGCUCGGCGGGAGAAGAACAACUCAAACAGACCAUGUGGGCCGAUACCAUCAAGAAGGGCCGCAAGGGACCAAGACGGGGAUCCAGUGCCAUGUACUCUGAUUUUACCGGUGCCGGGGAAGCCCCUGACAGUGCCGAGUUGGGAUACGGACCGUCUCCCACCGAGCAGGAUCUUGGUUACGGCGUAGCCGCCGCACCACCCACUCCUCAAGAUUUGGGAUAUGGAGAUCCCGGACCGGAUCUGGGUUAUGGAGACACGGGACAGCAGCAGCAGCAGCAACCGAAUUUGGGAUAUGGAGAGGACCUGGGCUACAAUUCCGAUACACCCAACCCAACCCAACGUCCAGGAGAAGUCCGACGGCGGUGUUCCGUCACCAAGUACAACCUAGAGGCAAAACAGGCUGAAAGUGAAGCUCAAGCAGCCGAAGCGGAAGCACUCGCAGCGCAAUUGGAAGCACAACGAAAACUGGAAGAACAGCAAAAACAACACCGGCAGUUUGAACCAGUGCAGCUGCAACCACGAGGAGAUGGAUAUGAUGAUUCGGAUUCGUAUGCUGAUUAUUCGGGCAGUGAUUGAUUGAUUACAGUAUGGUGAUGAUAGUUAAAUAGUGUUGUCAAAUUUUUUGUAAAUGGACAGGAGCCAAGGGAAUUGAAUGAAUGUAUGAAUGAUGUUGUUUCCACCAACACGAUGUGGGAUUUUUUACUAGUACGCGACAGAGGUGCGGCUGGUCUCGGGCGGCAACGUCCAAAGUGCGAACGAGACAGGAAUUAGCUUCGGACGAUCCUCAAAGGACUAAAUUUUCGAAGAAAGUGAACUCUAUGUACUGGACCCCAUUUAUGAUACAUCCACUAUGGAGACCAUCGUAUCGCGCGACGAAACAUUGAUGCGUCAUGGCUGGCUAGAAUUUGCGAAAUACAUUUAGGCUUGAGGCAUUUCAUCCCCCGUUGCUGUACAAAA